ACUUGAAACCCAUAUUGCAGUAUGCAAUGAAAGUGAAUGUAGCUGCAAAAGUACUGAGUCGUACAGUUGCAGCUUACGUAUUCACUUUGGUCAGUGGAGGGCAACUGGACUCGGAAGCUGUCGCUACGGCAAACUUCAUCACGGAAGUGGACAUGCUGUUCGACAGCUUCAAUGGGAAAGCGGCUGUAGGUCCUUUUGGAAAGGAGCUGAGGGGACCUUUGAAGCUAGGCUCCCCUCACUUAAAAUUUUGGAAGGAGGAACAUGAGAAGGUGCAAAAUUGGCAGUUCAUGAGGUAUACAAAAAAUGGCAGAAUCCGAAAAUCUAUGCCACCUUCCCAAACAGGUUGGCUCCAAUCUAUAAAUGCGAUUCAAAUGAUCUGGAAAUACUUAAGGAACAAUGGUUUCAUUUCCCUGAGGACCAGAUCUUUGAAUCAAGAUCCAUUGGAGAACCUGUUUGGGCAAAUAAGGUAUGGUUGCGGAUCCAAUGACAAUCCUACAGUGCAGCAAUUCAUUGGAACCCUGAAAACACAACUCCUCAAUGGUUUGGUUAAUCAAAGCUUUCAGGGGAGAAAUUGUGAGGAUGACGAAAAUACACUUUUGUGCAAUUUGAAAUCAUUCCUCAAUAUUUCCCUUGAGAGGGAGGAGAUGGAAGUUCCAGAAGAUGCUUCUUUGACCGAUCAAAUACCUCAGUUCCAGACGUCACCUGAGGAACUGUCGGUUAAUAUAUCGAGAGAAGUUUCUUCUGGAAACCCUGGUGUUUUUUCGGUAGCAUAUGUGGCAGGAGCUAUUCUGAAGGCCCUCAAAAAACACAUAUGCUGUGCCUUAUGCGAUAAUAUGAUCAGUUCAUCCAGUUCAGAACCUCAAAAUUUAUUCAUAGCGAAUAAAGAAUGGUCGGAUGAAAGAUCAGUCCUAAUGUACCCAAGUGAAAGGUACUUUGUUGCUGUAGGAUGUGGAUUUAACAGGUUGGAGGAAUUUUUAGAUAACUCCCCAUCCCAUCCUAAAGUAGCAGCAACCGCACUUGGGGUACUUAGAUCUGACAUAAAUUUUGAGGAUCUAGGAUGUCCUGAUCAUAAAAAUCGCAUAAGGGACAUCACGACUGCUGCAAUAUGCAGGAUUGGCAUUCCUUGGUGGUGCAAAAGGAAGUGCGAAGAAGUAAAGUCAGAUGCCAAAAAAAAGGCCUAUGAAAAAAAAAUUAAAAAAUUGCGUCAUUCCUGAUUUAAUUUAUUUUUUUACUUCUCUUCGACCAGCUUUUGCAUCAUCACCCAUUUCGAUCGCCAUUCUUGUCUACCUUUAUGACCUUCAUGGCUCUAAUUUUCAUGUUUUUCAAAAAUUUCAAAGUUUAAUGAAUUUUAUAUGUUCUAAUCUUCAAUUUCUAUGUACCAAUUGUAAUAAAUUCUUGGAUUCACCAGCUAUAUAUA